UUGCAGGAAGAACACCUUCUAUCUUGGCGUCAUCGUCUUGGUGUCAAUGCACGUGGCAAACUCACAACUCUCACCGAAAGACCUCGUCCCGACCCAUGUGCACAAUCACAAUAUCGCCUAGACUACGAUCUUUUCGCCGAAGUCUUCCCCCGACUUCUUCCAUGGCCAGUCACCGAUAUUUUUGUGAUUCGAGUAUUCCGAUUGCUGGAUAUUUCCGACAAUGGUUUAUUGACGUUUCGAGACCUGGCAAUCACUUUAUCGAUUUUGUUGAGAGGAGAAGCCACUGAUAAAUUGGCAUUGUUUUAUAAAUGUCAUCUUCCACCCGCGUUUAAUAUGAGCGAUUUGGAUGGAUUGGAAGCGAGUGAAGAAGAUGGAGGAGGAGCAAAUAGAGGAGAUACACCUGAAGUUGCUAGAGAGGCUACUGAUCUUUUGGGAACACCUCUGAAAAGACCAAGAGCAUCUACAACUUCGGUUAUAUCGCCCGAACCACAGGUGGAGACAAGAAGUCGAGCGAGUAGUGCGGCGAUUUUGAUACAAAUGGAAGAAAGAGCUUCGGAUGCUGAAUCAUUGAUUGAUCUAAUUGCUUCGAAAUCAAUUGGAAGUUGUCCGUCAGAAAAUGAACAGGGAAGGAUUCAAAUGGCUGAUGUGGCUAGUGAAGGUGAGCAUUUCUCAGAUUUAAAAAAAUCUGAAAUUUUUCUAUUCAGAAUCUUAUUCCGUUGUCGAUGAAUCGAUUGAAAAAAUGAAACAACUUCGAGCGAAAACCCUCAAUUCACCUGACUCAACCUCAACACGAAUGGAAAUAAAAAUGCUGCCAGUCAUGAAUCAAAUUCAAUUUAUUCAACUUUGGAAAACAUUUUACGAUUUGCUAAGCUCGAAGGAAACUGAUCAAUGUGUUUUUCAUUCGUUGGCUGUCACAGCCACACUUCUUUUGCAAUUAGGAGAAACGCAUCGAGAAUUGCAAGCGAAAUUGGAGGCUGAAAUUGCGAUGGCUAUGAAAGAGGAUUUUGAUGAGGUGGGGGUUUGGGGAUUGAGAAAUGAAAUUUCAAAAUUUUUAUUCUGAAAAAUAUGACUUCAAAUUGCCACGUUUUUCAAAUUUUAUUGAAAAUUAUUGAAUAAAUCAUAUUUUUUAUUCAGAUUUUAAAAAAUUUUGCCCCCUUCAAAUUUCACAACAUCUCAAUUUGCAGACGCUGAAAAAUCCCGAAAGCACCGAAGACGAAGAAUUUGAAGAAGACAAAAAAGUGGAUCCAAUCGAAGUUCAACGAAAAAGAAUCGGAGAUAUGCAAACUUGUAUAGCCGACGAUGAAUGGAGAGUGAAUUUGGAGCAAAUAUUAGCAUCAAUAUUGGCUGAAACUCCACUUUCAGACUUUUUCGAGAAAAAAUAUUCGCUUGAUUCUCUUAUAAAGAGAUACUACAAAACGCGAUUUUCCUCCAAUGAGAAAGCAUAA